UCUCCAUAUUUGAUUUAAAAAGAGAAUUAAAAGCAGAAGGGAGUGAAAAUACCACAGCAGUAGAGAGAGAGGCAGAAGAGAGGGAAAAAAUGAGCAGUAUUGGCACAGGAUACGAUCUAUCGGUGACCACAUUCUCACCGGACGGCCGCGUUUUCCAGAUCGAAUAUGCCGCCAAAGCCGUCGACAAUAGCGGCACCGUCGUUGCCAUCAAAUGCAAAGACGGAAUCGUCAUGGGAGUGGAGAAGCUGAUUGCUUCCAAGAUGCUGCUUCCAGGCUCCAAUCGAAGAAUCCACUCCGUUCAUCGCCACUCCGGCAUGGCUGUUGCCGGAUUAGCUGCAGAUGGCAGGCAGAUUGUUACACGAGCAAAGUCUGAAGCAACUAAUUAUGAAAAGGUUUAUGGUGAAGCAAUUCCUGUUAAAGAACUCGCAGAACGAGUGGCUAGUUAUGUGCAUUUGUGCACACUCUAUUGGUGGCUCAGGCCUUUUGGUUGUGGAGUGAUUGUGGGAGGUUAUGAUAGGGAUGGACCACAGUUGUACAUGAUCGAACCUUCUGGCAUAUCCUACAGAUACUUCGGUGCAGCCAUCGGAAAGGGAAGACAGGCUGCUAAAACAGAAAUCGAAAAAUUAAAGCUCUCAGAGAUGACAUGCCGACAAGGUGUCAUUGAGGUGGCCAAGAUCAUCUAUGGGGUGCACGACGAGGCCAAGGACAAGGCCUUUGAACUGGAAAUGAGCUGGGUCUGUGAUGAGUCGAACCGCCAGCAUCAAAAGGUUCCGGAAAAUCUACUUGAGGAAGCCAAGGCAGCAGCUAAAGCCGCCCUUGAAGAAAUGGAUGCAGAUUAAGAUUAAGCUGUUGGCUUUUGCUGGGAUCCUUAUCCAGCCUUUUCUCAUUUGUUUUUCUGCUUCCCAUCGCUUACAUUGGUUUUGUUUUAUAAACAUGAAAAAUAUGAAGACGACGACAAUAUUGCAUUAUUGCUAGGUUGUAUUAAACCUUAUGACCAUUUAGUAGACUUCAUUUAUGGUGAUACGAAACAUUCAUUUGCA